AUGGACGGUGUGGCUCGGCUCUUUUGGAAGUGCGAUGCGGUGCUCCUGCAGUGGAUAAGGGACGUGAAGUUCCUGCGCACGUACACGGCGGACGACACGGGCGCAAGAAUCACGCUGUUCCUGUGCGUGAUGGGGCUGUUUGCGCUGGUCAACGAGCUGUACAUCACGGUGGAGAUGUCCUUUGUGCAGAAGGAGACGUACGAGGAGCUACGACAGCGCAAGCUGGAGGAGGCGCUCAAGACACACCGGAUGGUGCUGGACGACUCGUACCACGGGAAGGAGUACCUGGACGAGAAGACGGGCCUUGUGAUCGAGGAGUUCGAGAACCGCGAGAAGUUUUUUGCGAAGCCGGUGCACGUGGCGCACGUGUACGUGGAGAGCCGGGUCCUGGACUCGAGCGCGGGCGAGCGGCCUAUUUUUGAUGCAUUUACUUACCAUAUCGAGUUUUCGCCUGAGGAGUACGAGUCGGAGCGGCGACCAGAGUUCGGAGCGGCUCUUCGCGUGCUGCGGAGGCGGCUGUACCACCUGUUCAAGGACAGCGACACAUAUCGGGAGCUGGCUGCGAAGCGCCAGCUGCAGUUCACCGUGUCCAACGGCGUCCGGGUCUACAACAGCCUGGGGGAGACGCUGACCGCGGACUUCGACGACGUGCAACUCUGCUUCUUGAAAAUGGAAACCGGAGAUACUAUACGCUGCGACUAUAUAGUUUAG